AUGUUACUGAAGUAUAAUUCAAACAAUGCCCAAAUAUGGAGCUCAAGCAAUUGUGGUAGAAAAGGCCCCAGUCUUUUAGAUUUACCAAAUGAGUUGUUGACUAAUAUAUUCGAAUUCAUGGUUCACGAAGACUUGAAGUUAUUAUUAAGCAUUUUAAAUGAAGUUCCAGAUAGAAAUGACCGUCUUUUUCGAAUUGUGAACGAUGUUGCCUACUCGUCAAUUAUUAUAACGAACUAUUCAAAGCAUCAUUUUUAUGAAUUGGAUGAAUUGAAAAAAAUAGUUCCAGCAUACAAAGUGGACCGAAGUCUGAUCUGGCGAUUGGAAGAUAUCCUUGAUGAUGACACUAUCCCACCUUUCCUAUCUGACAAUGCGUCCAAAAAGGUAUCCUACGUAUUUGGAAACAAAAAUCCUGUAGCAUCAAUUCAUAAAGUUAUGAGACAAUUUUGCAAGUACCUAAGCGGAAACCGAAAUGGAUUUAAGAAGAUUACAAGUGAGAUCAAUUUGUUACUCAAUGUGUCACCUUCGUUUGAUACAAUUGAGGAGUUCAAACGAAAUUUUCAGGAUUUAAAUAUUACUUUCUUGAAUCGUGUAAUCCGCCAGUCACCAGCUUUUAAUGAUCUUCGUCGAUUAUAUUUAGAUGACGGCAUUUAUUUUCCAUUUUCAAGUCAAAGAUUGGAUCUUAACAAUAUAAUGAUGCUAGAUUCGCUCCAGGAAUUAUACUUGAACCAUUUAAAUUUGCUGUCUGUUGAAAACCUACGAUUACCUUCCUCUAUUUUAACAUUAGAUCUUUCAAGUAAUAAUAUUGUUAAUCUUGAGGGCUUGAGAAUCCCCGAUCUGCUUAAAAGACUAAACUUAUCACGUAAUAAUAUAACUUUCAUCAGACGAAGCUUUUUCCCUGAUGGGUUAGAAGAGCUUAAUCUACGAAAUAAUAGGCUAAACCUUUUAGCUGGUUGUAUAUUUCCUGAAAGUAUACGAAAUUUGGACUUGUCAGAUAAUUUUGUAAGAGAUCUUAAUUUUAUAGUGCCACAGGAGCUUGAAUAUUUGAACCUUCGACGCUGCCCCAUAGAGAACAUAUGUAUUGAAGCCAGGACUACUAUUGCUAACAAUAACAUUGACAUUGAUCUCUAUUAA